AUGACAAUACCCACCAAUCUUGCAGCACUAUUAUGGCUAGCGGGCGCUGCCAUUGCAGCUCAGAAUGUGAACGCUUGUUGGAGGAACAGUACGUGUGACAGAAUUUUGGAGCCGUCUUUUACUGGACCGUGGGACAAGUUCAACUUUGCUCCAAGGUCCCGCUUUGUUGCACCGCAAACGCUACUGUCGCUUUCUGAUGGAGCUUCCGUUGGGAACUACUGCGCAGACGGGACCAUUAUCAAAGCAAGUAGCACCGGAACCGUAUUCGACUUUGGGCUUGAGGUCGGCGGCAUUGUCUCAUUCGACUACUCACUGAACGGCUCCACGACCAACGCCUCUAUCGGUCUUGCAUUCACGGAAGCUAAGGAUUACAUUGGACGCAAGUCAGAUAACUCCAAUGGAGGCACAGGCCAAGACACUGCCCUGCUGUUCGCUUUAAACGGCACGCAAAAAGGGCAAUACACCAUGCCGGAUGUCAGUCUCCGUGGUGGCUUCCGGUACCUCACCAUCUUCCUCAUUGCCGACGACAGUGCAUCCGUAACUUUGCGGAACAUCAAUCUCGAGAUCAGUUUCCAACCGACAUGGCCUAAUUUGCGUGCGUACCGGGGCUAUUUCUUUUCGAGCGAAGAACUGCUUGACAAGAUCUGGUACAGCGGAGCGUACACUUUACAGACGAAUUCGGUACCAGGCAACACAGGGAGAGCCAACGUGCAGGCCAACCGAACGGGAUGGAACAACGCCGCAUACAUCGGUCCCGGCGAUACAGUCUUGCUUGAUGGUGCGAAACGCGAUCGUUGGGUCUGGAUUGGAGACAUGGGCGUUGCUGUUCCGUCAGCGUUUGUUAGUACGGGAGAUAUGGAGAGCACCAAGAAUGCCUUGCGAGCGAUCUUUGAUAAUCAGUCCGCGGAUGGCACACUUCCGAAAGCUGGCCCGCCAUACCUUUCCAAAGAUAGCGACACCUACCAUCUGUGGGCGAUUAUUGGCUUCUACAACUACUACUUGUACACUGGAGAUGAAGUUUUCCUGCAAAACUACUGGCCGAAGUAUGUGCUGGGCGUGAAUAAGAUCCUGAGCAAGGUCAACAACAAAGGCAUCGUCAAUGUCACCGGGACCGCUGAUUGGGGACGAUGGCUGUACUCAACAGAGAGAGGCUCUGCCAGCAUGCUUCUGUACCGAGCAUUAGUCACCGGCAGCCACAUCGCUGGUUGGUCUCCAGACCUCACCGAUGCCUCCGCACAUAAGUCAAAUUGGACUGCCGCCGCAACCGCCCUGCAAAAGUCUAUCAUCGAGCACUUCUGGGACGAGUCUCGCGGCGCGUUUAAAGAAAGCCCAAACAACACCUCCCUCUACCCCCAAGAUGCAAACAGCAUGGCCCUCGCCUUCGAAGUGCUCAACGCCUCCGACCACCGCGCCGAUCGCGUCUCAGCAUACUUGGUGACAAACUGGACUCCCCUCGGCCCUAUCAAUCCCGAAGUCAGCGCCAACGUGUCUACCAUCUCGCCUUUCAUUACCAGCAUCGAGCUUGAAGGUCAUUUCAAGGUUGGUCGUCCUGAGCGCUCGCUGGAACUCAUCCGCAAUGCCUGGGGUUGGUAUCUCAACAAUCCCAAUGGCACACAGUCCACGGUAUCGGAGGGCUAUCUUGCGAACGGGACCUGGGGAUAUCGAGGGGAUAGAGGGUACCGGAAUGACCCAAGCUAUGUGAGUCAUGCGCAUGGCUGGAGUAGUGGACCGACGAGCACUUUAACGGAGUAUCUUGUUGGACUGAGAGUCACAGGGCCGAAGGGGCUGAAGUGGGAGCUGAAGCCAGCGACGUUUGAUGAAACGGAGAGGGCUGAAGCGGGGUUUACGACGGGUCUAGGUAAGUUCUCGGCGAAGUUCGAAGUCAAGAAUGGGACGGUGAGGGUGCGGUGGGACACACCAUAUUCCACUGAGGGGUACGUGCAGUUGCCGGGUCAAAAAGGGAUGGUUGUGAAAGGAGGAAAAGGCUCAAUUGUAAUUAGGAAGUGA